AGCCGCCCUCCAGGCGCGCGGGCCCCCCCGAAGCGGGCGGGCCCCCCGAAACCUGGCCACGGCGCAGCCCCCGCGCCGCCGGCGCGGCGGCCCCGCUCGCGGUGCCGCGAGGCCCGCGAGGCGGCUGUAGGCCGCGGUGUCGGCAUGCUGCUGGACAGGGCCGACGCGGAGCCGCUGCUGGGCAUCGGCGCGGAGGACGGCCUCGCCGUGGGCGCGAGGGCGGCGCGCUCCCCGCGGCUGGCGCUGGGGGCGCCCUUGGCGCCGCUGCGCGGCUGGCGGUGCGCGCUGGGCGGUGGGGCGGCAGCGGCGGCGGGGCUCCGCGGGUCGCUGCUGAGGAGCGACGACGUCCUCACGGACGACGAGGAC